UUCGCUACCAUCGAGUCGGUCAGAAACUAGAGCGGGAGGCGGGCGGGAGGACGGUGGUAGUCGCUCUGCGCGCCUGCUGGGCCGUUCUCGUCGGUCCCUGGAGUGGGGGAUGGCGGAGGAAGUGGGGUACCAGGCCCUGUCCGGGGAGCGCAUCACGCUGCAGCGCCUCCACCACAGCGCCUCCUGCCGGGAGUUCCAGGUGCGGUGCCCGAGGCUGCAGCUGCGUUCGCUCAGCGCCGUCACGUGCUCCGUGUGGCUGGUGGCCUACGGGCUCUUCGUUCUCAGCCAGAACAGUGCGGUGCUCUCUGCUGCUAUAUUUGUCACACUGAUAGGCUUGCUUGUGUACCUGCACUUCGUGAAAAUUGACCAGGAGUCUCUGCUUAUUGUUGGCUCACUUGGAAUACAGAUGACUUCAUCCUAUGCAUCUGGCAAAGAAAGUACAACCUUUAUAGAGAUAAGCCAGGUAAAAGAUGUGGUCAUCAACGAAGCCAUCUAUAUGCAAAAGGUUAUCUAUUACCUGUGCAUCCUUCUCCAAGACCCCAUGGAACCUCAUGUUGUUUCAGAGGUAGUACCAUUGUUCCAGAGCUCCAAGCCACGUCUAGACUGCCUUGUCCAAGUGUACAAAAGCUGCCAAGAAAUCCUGGAGCAGAGGAAGACAUAUUGACACCAGUUUUAAAAGUGAAGUCUUUAUCUGGGUAGAAGACUUGCUAAAAUACCAAGCUUUUCUUUAAAAAAUAGUUGGGAAGGCACUUGUUGCAAGCAUGUUAAUGGACUUGACCAUGUGGAUAACUAGAUGGCGGUGGAUUCUAAUGUAACAGAGAACUGAAAACUGCUAGUGCUUUCAUGGGCAAGGACUGAGUAUGUAAUCUUGAAUAAAUGCUAUGGUGGAGAAAUGGCUAAA